CCUUUCAACCAACACCCAUUCUUCCUCUCUGAAGUCUGAAGUCAAGUUGCGAGUUGCAUCGAAAGUAGAAGGAAACUUGCUUGUCUGGUUCCCAAGGCCUUCAUAUAAUAUUAGGGAGUUCUGAUGAUCACUCAUUCUAGAGCCUCCUUCAUUCUGUAGAUCAAGUUAUAUCCUAUGGCAGCUCAAUUUGGAGCCUCUUCUUCUUUCUCUUCCUCUUCUGCUCCCAUUCAGCCAUGCACAUAUCAUGUCUUUCUGAGUUUCCGAGGAGAGGAUACCCGCAACACUUUCACAGGCCAUUUGUACAGCAAUUUGGUUCAGAAGGGAAUUAACACCUUCUUAGAUGAUGGCCUUAAAAGAGGGGAAGAAAUAUCAAGUUCUCUUCUUAAAGCAAUUGAAGAGUCCAAAAUCGCUGUAGUUGUGUUCUCUGAAAACUAUGCUUCCUCGAAGUGGUGUUUGGAAGAACUGGUCAAGAUCAUGCAGUGUAAUGAAUCGAGGAAACAGAUUGUGUACCCUGUAUUUUACAAGGUAGAUCCUUCACAUGUGCGAAACCAAACUGGUAGUUUUGGUGAGGCACUUGCUCACUAUGAUGAUUUGGAGAAGGUGGCACAAUGGAAGACAGCUCUUACAAAAGCAGGACAUCUUUCUGGGUGGCCUUUCUCACAUGGAGGGAAUGAGUCUGAUUUCGUUCAUAAAAUUGUUGAAGAGAUUUCGCAACAAGUAUCAAAUUUUACAUAUUUUAAUAGAGAUAAAUACUUAGUUGGAAUACAGUCUCGUUUAGAAAAUAUGGAAAAACUUCUAUGCGUUGGAGAAAGUGACAUACGAAUGAUAGGGAUAUGGGGCAUUGGUGGAUUAGGCAAAACAACAAUUGCUAAGGCUGUGUAUAAUUCAAUUGCCCCUAAAUUUGAAGGUAGUUGUUUUUUGGAAAAUGUUAGAGAAAGAUCGUUGAAAUACGGAGGCCUACAAAAACUACAGAAGUUUCUUCUUUCUAGGACUGUAGAUUUGAAAGAUUUAGAGGUAAACAGUCUUGAUGAAGGAAGCGGUAGGAUAAAAGAAAGGUUGAGUCAUAAGAGAGUUCUUAUAAUUCUUGAUGAUGUGAAUGAUUUGGACGAACUAAAAAGUUUAGUCGGAAAGCCUGAUUGGUUUGGUUCUGGUAGUAGAAUAAUCAUAACAACACGAGAUCAAGAUUUGCUACGACGGCAUGAUGUUGAUCAAAUAUACCAAGUGGAGAAAUUAAGUGAUGGUGAAGCUUUGGAGCUCUUUAAAAUUAAUGCAUUCAAAGAAAAUGAACAUACGAGUGAUUACAUUGAACACGUAGAUAGUGUAAUAAGGUAUGCUGAAGGGCUACCUCUAGUUUUGGAAGUUUUGGGGUCAUAUCUACGUGGUCUAAGUAUAGAUACAUGGAAGGAUACAUUGAAGUAUUACAAAAGAAAUCCUAAGCUUCAACAGUUUCUCAAAUUAAGUUAUGAUGCACUUGAACCUUUGAUGAAGGAAGUUUUUCUUCACAUCGCAUGUUUCUUCAAAGGUGAAGAUAAGAACUAUGUGAUGGACAUUUUAGAAGGAUGUGAACUACCUAAACACGGGAUUGAAGUUCUCAUAGAAAAGGCCCUCAUAAGUAUUACUGAAGCUAAUGGUAUUUGGAUGCAUGACUUGCUAGAAGAAUUGGGCAAAGAAAUUGUUUGUCUGGAGUCACCUGAGCCAGGAGAGCGUAGCAGACUAUGGUUGUACAAAGAUGUUUACAACGUUUUCAAAAACAACACUGGUACAAACAAAGUUAAAGGUAUCAUGCUUAAGGAGAGCAUUCGCUGGAAUGCAGAUGAACAAAUAAUACCCUUGAACAGUGAAAGCUUCUCAAAGUUAAACGGUCUUCAAAUUCUUCUAAUUGAUUAUCUCCAUGCAAAUGUGUUCAGUGGAAAUCGCGUGGAUUAUCUCCCCAAUGAGUUGAUUCUCCUUCAUUGGGUGAAGUGUCCCCUACGAUAUUUUCCAUCAAAUUUUUAUCCCAAGAAACUCGUUGUAUGCAAGAUGGAAUUCACCUUAACAUCAUCACCAUUGACGGUACUGAAGAUAGGUGUUGAACGUAAAAUGCCUUGGAUUUGCAUGUCACCACUGGGGGCGGGAGUACAGAGUCUGCAGAAGUUGAAAUCACUCGAGUUGGAAUUUUGCCAUGGUGCAGAAAUGUUUUCCGACUUCUCUAGAUUUCUAAACUUAGAGGAGUUGACAAUAAGAAGCAGUGAAAAAAUUAAAAAGAUUGAAAUUGUGAAAGAGAUGACAUCAUUAAAAAGGCUGGAUUUAAGCGGUACUGCAAUCAGAGAAUUGCCUUCAUCAGCAAUCGGACAUCUCAUUAAUCUGGAACAGUUAAUCUUAUUUGGUUGCAAGAAACUUAGACAUGUGCCGUGCAACAUAUUUGAGUUGCAGCAUCUACAGCUUCUUUAUCUUAAGGGGUGUGAAAAGCUGGUUACAUUUCCAACAAAGUCAGAGUUUUCAACUGAGUCGACCAGUUUACAGGACAAGCACUAUGCUCCAUUAUUCGUCAAUUUGAGGGAUUGCGAGAAUCUUGUAGAGAUUGGAGAAUUUUCCCGAGAAUUAUAUGGCCUAGAGGCAUGUGGCUGCGAUAAAUUGAAAAGAGUUUCAAAAUUGUCAGACAUUUUGGAAGGUAAUGACUCGAGAAUGAUUCCUCGGAUGAACUUGUCUGCCUGCAGUUCCCUGUACAGCAAUGUGGCUCGUAAAGUGGCAAAGAUGAAAAGGAAUUUACCUGAUGAUUCCAAGCUAACGGCUCUGUUUUCUUUCUUUUUAUCAUGUCGGCAAUCUGAGUAUCAUGUCAAGCUACCCGUGAUUGAUAUUCCGGAGUGGUUCACCGUCCGCAUGGAUGUAAAUAUCGAAGGACUCCAUGAGUGCAACUUUAGAAUUGAUUUUCCUGGGAAUUUCAAAUGGGAGGACAAAGGAUUGGCAUUCUGUCCUCCAGUUACGUCGAGCGAACACAACAUCUACAUUAAUGGUGUAUCCAUCAUUGAUGCAUCCGAAGAGUGGGGAGACGGAGACGGUUCUUGGAGAUACGAUGGUUUUCAGGAGUUGUACUAUAUUCCAUUCGAGGUUAUAAUAAAGCGGCUGAGUGAGAGUGGGUCACCGCCGCCUUGCAUCUGUCUGGUUCAGUUUGAAUUUCAAAUUAAAACCAUAGAAUUUACUGACGGGACUAUAGAGGAAGUGGACGGGAGCUGCGGAGUCCAUGUAGUAAUGCCAGAGGGUGAAGGCCCAUUCUUCAGUGACUUCAGAAUGAUGGUACAAAAAUCAAAAGCUGAGAAAACAGAGCAAAUGUAUGAUAUGCUCCAACAGAAGAAGGAAUUUGGUGCUGACAUUUCACGACAGUAUUUAUUGAACUUUCCAUAUGGUGAGAAUCUACUUUCUGCAGCCCAGGCCCUAACAGUUCCAAGGCCCCCAGCAUAUCAGGCCACAACUGCUGCCGAUCCGGGUCGCUGCCAAAGAGCACCGAAGUCUCGCCACCUGAGGCUCCACCACGUGCAAGAGCCUGCACCAUCCCCAGGACCAAACCACUCCAGUGCAGCUCCUUGA